AGGGCAAACUAACAAUUUCCUGUCCAACCCCAGGCCCACGUCCAGUGCAACCAACAGGUAGGCAAGCCUGCAGAGGCUAUUCAGAGGGAGUCCCGUGUGCAGCAAACGGGUCUGAGCCUGGAAAAGAGGCUGAGAAGUAAAAGAUCAAAGUGUGGUUGGUACUGGCUCCUACUCCCUCUCCAGCCUCCACUCCGGCCCCCACUUCGGCGCCAGCCUCGCACCCAGUUCUGGCCUUCAGUCUGCCUAGUUGCAUCCUCCCUCUCCGUUCCUGCCCUGCUCCAGCUCCUGCUCCGGGAUUCUCUAGCUGGACCCUCAGGCCAUGGCUGGUCCCUUCUCUCGUCUGCUGUCCGCCCGCCCGGGGCUGAGGCUCCUGGCUUUGGCUGGAGCUGGGUCUCUAGCCGCUGGGAUUCUGCUCCGCCCGGAACCUGUACGAGCCGCCAGUGAACGACGGAGGCUGUAUCCCCCGAGCGCUGAGUACCCAGACCUCCGAAAGCACAACAACUGCAUGGCCAGUCACCUGACCCCAGCAGUCUAUGCCCGGCUCUGCGACAAGACCACACCCACUGGUUGGACGCUAGAUCAGUGUAUCCAGACUGGCGUGGACAACCCCGGCCACCCCUUCAUCAAGACUGUGGGCAUGGUAGCUGGAGAUGAGGAGACCUAUGAGGUGUUUGCUGAUCUGUUUGACCCUGUGAUUCAAGAGCGACACAAUGGAUAUGACCCCCGAACGAUGAAACACACCACUGACCUGGAUGCCAGCAAGAUCCGUUCUGGCUACUUUGAUGAGAGGUAUGUAUUGUCCUCGAGAGUCAGAACUGGCCGAAGUAUCCGGGGACUCAGUCUGCCUCCAGCCUGCACUCGGGCAGAGCGGCGAGAGGUGGAACGUGUGGUGGUAGAUGCACUGAGUGGCCUGAAGGGUGAUCUGGCUGGACGUUACUAUCGGCUCAGUGAGAUGACAGAGGCUGAGCAACAGCAGCUUAUUGAUGACCACUUCCUAUUUGAUAAGCCUGUGUCCCCAUUGCUGACUGCAGCAGGAAUGGCUCGAGACUGGCCAGAUGCUCGUGGAAUCUGGCACAACAAUGAGAAGAGCUUCUUGAUUUGGGUGAAUGAGGAGGAUCAUACACGGGUCAUCUCCAUGGAGAAGGGUGGCAACAUGAAGAAAGUGUUUGAAAGAUUCUGCCGAGGCCUCAAAGAGGUGGAGCGGCUGAUCCAGGAGCGUGGCUGGGAGUUCAUGUGGAAUGAGCGUUUGGGAUACAUCUUGACCUGUCCGUCUAACCUGGGCACUGGACUUCGGGCAGGAGUGCACAUCAAACUGCCCCUGCUAAGCAAAGAUAGCCGCUUCCCAAAGAUCCUGGAGAACCUAAGACUCCAAAAGCGUGGUACUGGAGGAGUGGACACAGCUGCUACAGGCAGCGUCUUUGACAUCUCUAAUUUGGACCGACUGGGCAAGUCAGAGGUGGAGCUGGUGCAGCUGGUCAUCGAUGGAGUUAACUAUUUGAUUGACUGUGAACGGCGUCUGGAGAGAGGCCAGGAUAUCCGCAUCCCUCCACCUCUCGUCCACAACAAGCAUUAACUCCCCAUCCCCAGCAGAUGACUCAAGAUCCCCAGAAAUUCUGCCCAUUCUAAUGGUGGCCAGUUCUACUUGCCCUGGAUGCCCCCUACCCAACUCCCGUCCUAGUAAAGACUCCUUGCUAUGCUCCA